AUGAAAGAUCUUGGUAGGCUAUGUUACUUUCUGGGUGUUGAGGUUGCCCAUGGCUCUUGUGCUAUUCAUCUUACUCAGACGAAGUACACCAUUGAUAUCCUGCAGAGUGCUAAUAUGCUUGAUUGCAAACCAUGUUUUCCUCUCAUUGCUUCCAAGAUAGGUCUAAAUCGUGACGUUGGCCCACGUCUUUUUGACCCCUCUAUUUAUUGUCAGUUCGUUGGUGCUCUUCAGUUUUUUAACCUCACGCGACCGGAUAUUUCCUUUGCAGUUCAGUUUGUCUCUCAAUUCAAGGCGGAUCCUCGCUCCCCUCACACAGAUGCUGUCAAACGUAUCUUACGCUAUCUCAAAGGGACUGUUGGUUUUGAUCUUCCACUUCGUCAUGCACCCCUCUCCUCUUCGCUCCAUGUCUACUCUAAUGUUGACUGGGCUAAUUGUGCCUUGAUACUCGAUGUUCCACUAAGGGCUUUUGUGUUUUCUUUGGUCCCAAUAUGA